AUGGCAACUUUGACAGACGUCAAGAUCGACCGUGAGUUUUGGAAAGACUACCUUUCAGCACAGGCGAGCCAGCUGCCGCAUCUCGACGAUGUGGAAGAUGUCACCGACAGAGUUAUCAGAGUGAUGGGAGGAAACCCUGGAGAGAUGCAGCUCCAGGGAACCAACACCUUCCUCGUCGGUACUGGCAAGGCAAGAAUUCUGAUCGACACUGGUGAGGGAAUCCCGAUAUGGUCUGAACGCCUGGUCGAGGUUCUAAAAGAACGAGAUCUCCAUAUUUCACAUGUGCUACUCACGCACUGGCAUGGCGAUCACACAGGUGGUGUGCCUGACCUCAUUGAAUACGACGCAACCCUCGCAGAUCGGGUUUAUAAAUGCAGCCCUGACCCAGGCCAGCACGACAUCGAAGACGGCCAGGUUUUCUCCGUCGAAGGUGCCACUAUAAAGGCCCUUUUCACGCCCGGCCACGCCUUUGAUCACAUGUGCUUCCUGCUGGAAGAGGAAAAAGCUCUAUUUACCGGUGAUAACGUCUUGGGUCACGGCUUCACCGUCGUGGAGGAUCUCGCGCUUUAUCUGCAAAGUCUCGAUUACAUGGCUGCGCAAGGCUGUACCAUUGGAUAUCCGGCCCAUGGAGUCAGGAUCCAGAGCUUGCCGGCCAAAUUGAACCAGUACAUCAUGCAAAAACGUACGCGCGAGAGACUUAUAUAUGGAGCUCUGCUAGACAGUAUGUUGAGCGGGGGACGAAACGCAAACAGCAAGUUCGGCUUGUCGACGAGGGAGAUUGUCAGCAAGAUCCACGGAGACGUUCCGCAGCAUCUGCUGCAGAGUGCGAUUGAACCUUCUACGAUGGAGAUUCUGCGGAUGCUGGCUGACACGCGCAAGGUUGGUUUCUCUAUGCAGGGUGGCACGCAACGAUGGUUUGUCAACAGACGAUGCAAGGUGUCGUAG